CUAGCCAGCCAUGUCGCCAUGCCUAUCAAUCAAUCCAUAAAUAACUAUCUUCAUUUCCCUGUCAGGCUCAGUCAGAGUCUCAUUGGCAACGCGGGGUCUGACGCAACUGGAGAAAUCAUACAACACCAAGAAUACACCCGAUCAGGUAAUUCGCCUAGUUUUCGCCGAAAGACAAACCUCCCCGCUCUUUCUCUUCCCCAGGUUUUGCUACCCUGUCCGGUUUCCCCUUCACUGGGUUAUUUUCUUCAAGCGGGAUUCUUUUCCCUUUCAUCUUCCUUCUCCUCAUCUAAUAAUGGCUGUGGUUUUAUCCUGGAUCGUACUGCCUCUAUCCCCACCAUCACAAAACUGCAGUCUCGUCGUAUGAGAUACGGCCCAGAGACGAGCCUUGAGGGCUCACUAGUAGACUGACGAUCUUCCAUGACAUCUUCAUCUUGAAAAUUCACCGAUCGCCCGGAAAUGGACCCAACCUCCAAGCAAAAAGCCCCGAAACAGGCCUGCGAUAACUGUCGCCGCCGCAAGUUGAAAUGCUCUCGAGGGACACCGUGCGACAAAUGCGAACGCCUUCUUCUUUCUUGCUCCUACAGCGAUGUUCUUCGUCGAAAGGGUCCUAAAUUCCGCACUCUCUACCCUCUGGCCCCUAUUCAUCCACUAGUCUCGCAGCAUCGAGAUGCAGCUCAUCCCCGCCAGGAACUGCUUGGGGAUGCAGCAGGCGGCUAUCGAUUAGACUCCCCGUCUUCUCCAGCAUUUACGGUGUCCGAUCCCCAGUGUCUAUCACAGGAUGCCACGGAGUCUUUUUCGCGGCUUGCAGCCCCGGAGCUGGUCUCCUCGCCGGACUCGUCCACCUCGCCAUCUGACGCGGGUACUACAAGCAGUCGAGUGCUGCCAUAUGCUCGCCGUCUAACGCCGCCAAUUCUGCUAGCCCACGUUAAUGUUUAUGUGAAGUAUCUGUUCCCGAUUAUGCCAGUCGUGCGUCGCGAGCAGCUUCAGCUGGACUGUCAUCAGCCUGAUCGAUUGUCGCAUCGACGAUAUGCAUUUCUGGCUUCGCUCUGUGCUGCCACACACAUCCAGCUCAAGCUCGAUGGAACAGCCCCAGUCUCCGAUCCAUCAUCACAUUUAAAAGCUGCAGUGGACGGUCAUUCCGUGAUGUCUGGGGAAGAGUUACUCGCAGAAGCCGUGAGAGCCAGGAAAGAAUGUGACGUGGUGGACGAAAUGCACCUUGAAAGUCUCUUGACCUCCUUUUUUCUUUUUGCUGCAUAUGGCAAUUUAGACAAACAGAACCAUGCCUGGUUUUACCUGUGCCAAGCUACUUCUAUGGCUUUUACCUUGGGCAUUCACCGUGAAUCGACUUAUUCAGAAUACAGUAUAGAGGACGCAGAAGAACGAAGGAGGGUAUUUUGGCUACUCUUCAUCACGGAAAGAGGCUACGCACUCCAACAAGCAAAGCCCGUCAUGUUACGCAGCUCCAUCCACAAACCCCAAGUACUAUGUUCGGAGGAUCCCAUCUUAGCCUACGGCUUCAUCAACCUUAUCAACAUCUUCGAAAAACUCACUGUCAACCUAUACGACUGGAUCUCUGCUGGCGGUGGCGACGGCUUCUUUGAGACCCCAUCCACCUCUUCCAUCCAAUCCAGUCUUUGCAAGCCUGUCUCCCUCGAUGGCGUUUUGGAAAUCCAACAGGUCGAUAUCCUCGUCACUCAGCAAUGGUUACAAGCCAUGAUGUGGAAGCUCUCCAUGAGCCAUGCCACACAACCCGGUUCACGGGACGACACUGUCCUUCCUUUUCAUCUACCAGUUCUGGUAGGAAAAUCCGUAAUGAGCGUCAUAGGCGCUGCAUCUCAGGGCGCCGUCGACGCUCACGGCAUUGGAAUGGAACAAAAAUUAUUCGACAUGGGCAUCUCCAUCGCAGACGUAACCCGAUCCCUCAACACCAAAUCAGCUCACCACCUCGCCGAAUCCACCGUCUCCCCCCACGAACUCCUCUGGGGCGUCCUAACCACCCUCGCCCGCAUUCGUGGCUCCGAAUCCUACCUCUUCCCCAUCCUCCUGGAACGCUGCAAAUCCGUCCUGGGCCUCGACUGCUCCCUUACAAUGGGCAACUUCCUACCCCCUCUUCCCGGUGACACGCCUCGACCAACAACACAGGAUCCAUCGAACCCGUGGUCAGAUGCCGAUAAUCGAUGGGAUCUUGUCUCUGUGCCUACAGAUGCACAUGAUGACAUUGAAGAUGCGGAUCCCAAUGCGCAGAUUUCGUCAGAUAUGGCCUUUCAGGAUCGAGGGCUUUUGAGUUGAUCUACUUAGCUCACUCUACUCUACUGACUCCUUUUUUGUAUCUUGCCCUCGCAGCUUUUUGUAUCAUAGAUAUGCUUGGAGUAUUGCACGUACCUGCUGGGGUACUAUACAAUGUGCAAUUAUGGGGAGCAGGAUAUAUACCCUAUAUCCUAUGCUGAUAUUAUUACAUACCUUGAGUACUUUUUUUAUGUGUGCCAAAAUAGAAAUAUAG